AUGCAGAACGAAGAGGAACACGGACUACUCUCUACAGUGGAGGAGUGUGAUCUCAAGCAGGCACAUGCAGCUAAAGCAGGCGGGGGCUUGUGUUCCAGCCUCAUUGUUGGUAUUAGUGCCAAGUCACGCGCUGUCACCGCUCUAGCCCUGGUCUCGAUUGCACUCAAUAUCUUCUUAGCCGCAGGGCUUGUUCGAAGUCGUGACCCCUUCGGCCACGAUGGCGCUGUUUCCACACCUUAUGCGGAGCUCCAGUGGGAGAAGCCUGAUACCUUAUGGUGGAAAACCGCCUUCAGCGACGGCGACUCAAACGAAAGUUCGGUGGACGAGCUCUGGGACAAUGAUAUUCCUUGGGAACGAGGUAUUAUUGCGCUGCGGAAGGAUGAAGCGCGGCGAAUGGGGCUUCCGGAGUCUCAGCCUUUCCCUUGGGAUGUCGAGAAAAGCAUAUACAUCCUGAAUGCACAUCACAUUCUACACUGCGUGGAGGAUAACCUUUCCACCUGUUACGCGCUUCAGCGUAACCUCUUUAUCUCACUUCAGGAGUUCCGUGACGGCAGGCCUCAAAGCAUUGACUACCCACAUCUACUGCACUGCCUCGACAGCAUCCGCUUGGAAACAAUGUGCACGGCAGAUGAUACACCGCGAUAUGUGCCGCUAAAUGAUGUGCAUGGCUUUCGGCCGGGAGAUGGCCAGCAACGAAUGUGUCGCGAUUGGAACAAGCUCGAGGAGUUUGUGCAAGACCAUGACCCCUGCUACCGCUACGUUUAUCCUGGAGACAGUCACGUCUCCAACCUCGAGAGAUUCAAGUUCUGUCCUAAUGAUUCGCCUUACCUGCCAAGGAUACGAGAGCACUUUGGCUAUCCGGAUGCAUGGAUGCCGUGGCCCGUCGUGGAGUGA